UCCCGAGCCGACUGGGUCCUUUCGCGGAGCUACCGAGGCCCUGGCGAGCGGAUCUGUGCAGCACGGUGGGCGGGCACCGGAGAGGUCUUAUAUAGCCAGAUUGGUGUCCAGCUUGCUUAUCCACUGAGGAGAGACCUGAGCUUCUGACGGUCCUGCCUCCACCUCCUGAGUACUUGAAUUACAGGCUAAACAUUUUGAGAUGAGGAAGGUGGAUCUCUGCUCAGGCACUGAGGGGACAGAAGUAAUUCUGGCCACGUCGAGUGAUGAAAAGCACCCGCCUGAAAACAUCAUUGAUGGGAAUCCAGAAACCUUUUGGACCACCACAGGCAUGUUUCCCCAGGAGUUCAUCAUUUGUUUUCACAAACACGUAAAGAUUGAAAAGCUUGUGAUUCAAAGUUACUUGGUGCGGACUUUGAGGAUUGAAAAGACCACAUCUAAAGAGCCAUUGGAUUUUGAGCUGUGGGUUGAAAAAGAUUUAGUGCACACAGAGGGGCAGCUUCAAAAUGAAGAAAUUGUGGCACGAGAUGGCUACGCCACUUUCUUGAGAUUCAUUAUUAUGUCAGCAUUUGAUCAUUUUGUAUCUGUGCACAGCAUUUCUGCAGAGGGACUGACAGUCUCAAGUCUUCCUUAGUAAUUACAACAAAAUGCUCUGAACUACUUUUAAAAUAUAUUUAUUGAAACACAAAGCUAUCUUUGAUGUUCACUAUAAAAUAGAUUUGUAUCACUCUGUUUCUAUCUUUAUUUAUAUUUUCUUCAGUAUUUUGGGCAAAGAAAUUCUGGUUCCAUGAGUCACCCGUGUUUCCUCAUUUUCCAUAAGGAAAUUUUGACUUCAAUAUACAGCUUAAUCAAGGAAAUGAUAAUUCAUUGUGCCUCUGUUGCAUCUCCUAUAGACCCUGUCAGAUCUCAGUGCAUGAAUUUUUUAAUUUAUUAAAUGAUUUUUGCCAAAGGCUAAGUGAGCGGUAUAAGCAGUGACAGUGGCAGAGUCAAGGGGAGAAGACCUUAUGUGAAGGCUCACUGCAGUCCUGGAACCUGAGCCAACCUUGGAAAGCAAGCCAGUUUGUAGUUGUUUGUUUAUUUGUUUGUCUGGUUGGUUUGGUUUAGUUUGGUUGUUUCUAAAACAGAUUUUUUCUGUGUAGCCCUAGCUGAUUUGGAACUUGCUCUAUGGACCAGGCUGGCCUCGAACUCACAGAGAUCUGCCUGCCCCUGCCUCCCGAGUGCUGGGAGUAAAGGGGCUGCCGCGACAGCCACCACCACCUGUCAUUUAUUUGUUUGUUUAUUUGUUUGUUUUAAUGGUUUAUUCAAUUUUGGUGAAAUUAAAAAAAUAUUUAUGAUUUAAGAAGACCUCAGAAAAAGAUUAAAAAACAUAAUCUUUAUUUCCCAGUGACAGUCAUUAUUGACAUCAUUUUGUAUGUCUUGAUAAUUUUAUAAAGCAAGGAACAUAGUUGGAUAGACUGAUGAAAUAAGAAUUCUUUGACUGUAUCUUACUAUUCUUUUAUUUUUAAAACCUAAAUAACCAGUGUAGCAAAACCUAAAUUACAAAGCAAUUGCAAAAUAUACUUUCUUCCCUCUG